AUGACUCCAGACGACGUGGGUGUGGAAGAGUCUGAAGUCGUCUCAAUUGAGCUGAAAGAGAUACUGAACGAGUACGGCAACGAGGAUGUUGCAGAAUCAGUCUCUGAAGCACUAGGCACACUGCUGGUAUCGUAUGUAGAAGAUGCCGUGUACGAAGGUGUGUAUGAGGCCAACGAAGAAGAAUCUGAAGAGGUUUCAGUUUCAGUAGCUGACGACGACUCUUCUGAACUAGUGGGUGUAUAUGAGGAGCCGUCCGUGGUCGAAGAUCUGGACAUGGUGAGUGUUCUAGACCAGGUGAUCCAGGAGAUUGUGGAGAUGUCGAUCGACGAUGAAGACACAGUAUCGGUUUCAGAGGGACUACCGCUGCUGGUGGCGUUACCAGGUGGACCGUAG